ACUCUGUGGGAUGAUGGGAUGGAGCCUGGGUGAUGUCCUUGCUGGGUCAAACCCCCYGGGUGAUGACCACCUUCCCCUCUGGGAUGUGCCCAGCCCAUCUCUGCCCUCCCCAUGGUUUCGGUUCCUUUAUCGAGGCUGUGGUUGUAAAACCCCACGUGGGCUGUCUGCAUCAGGAGCUCGCAGAUAACGACCAUAAAACCGACUGAUCAUUAACCGUGAGCACAAACAACCCYGGACACCCCAGCACCCCUGAAUGAGGGAGGUUUCAUGAGGCCCAACCCGACUGUGCAGCCUGGAGAAGGCAAAAACCAGGCUGAAAAUGUUUUUAUCCACAGCAGAGCUCGGACUCCGGCAGCGGAGAUGCCUCGGUGGGAUGUGGGGAGGCAACCGUCGGGCAAGAUCCUCUCGCUGGACAGGCGAGGGGCCAAGAAAGUGYUGGAGUUUUAUGUCAAGCGCUCACUGAGCUGCCAUGAAAACUCACUGGGGGCCAAAAAAUCCCCUCAGGAGAAGGACAGAGGGCGAGGGAGGAAAAUAGAUGGGCURCAGCGGUCAGAGAGUGAUUUCUGCACAUAUUCACGUGACAAAGCCAGCCCCAGAAAGGACCAGGAAGAGAAAYUCAAAACGCCAGACCUGGAAGAGGUUUUGGAUGAYGACAGCAAAGCUUUCCAGGAGGUGCCUAAAGAGGGACUGAAGCCCAAGAGGAAAAGCACAAAAAGCUCUUCCCUGGGCAAAACACAGCACUCGGGUUCAAAACCAACCUGGCUGAAAAGUUUCUUAAAUCUCUUCUUCAAGAAGAGCCCUGAGGAGCAGAAGGAAAACGCAGGGCAUAAAGCAAAGGAGAAGGAGUUCAAAGCUCCUCAGGGUUCCAAACCAGAAGGAGCGAAAAAACACAGAGUGGACUCCAGCACGUCCCCGCCGUCGGGCAGAGCCCUGAAGAAGAAACCCAGCCUCAAGAAGGUUUUCUCGCUGAAGAAGCACGGGGAGGAGGAGCGGGGAGAGCCGGGAUCCGGGGCGAGGAGCAAGCGCCCCGGCUGCCUUCCCCUGCGGCACGUCCUGGCCCCGGCCCAGCCAGAAGCGGAGCGGCCCGAUGGGUACUACACUCARGUGUCGGAGGAGAUCGGGCUGAUCGUGCAGGGCAGCGAGAGCCGCGGGGGCAGCGCGGGAGCGCCGGGGGAGGAACCGCAGCCCCCCGGCACCGACGGGGUCGAUGAAGCCAUCAGGAGAAUCGUUGCCCUGCUCCGGAGCGCAGGAGAUGAGCUGGACAGGCAGGUGAGGGAGGACGCGCGGCUGCAGCUCUUCUUCAGGGACAUGUCCUACAGCUCCUUCAAGAGCCUGGCUGAUGCCUACGUGCAGCGGGAGCUGACGGCCAGCAGGGCUGGUGUCAACCCCCAGGAGAUCCAGUUUGCCUACACCGUGCAUCUCACGGCCAUGGUGGCGGGGAUCUGCAGCCAGACCGUGAACAGGAUCAUGGGCUUCGGAACUCGCUACCUGGAGGAUUCCUUCGCAUCACCCUACGGCAAAAUGCUCCAGAACAGAGAGAAGUUAAGGAUAGAUCACUGCGACAGCCCAGACUGACAUCRGCUGCUGCCAAGGGCCUGUGGUGCCUGGGAACCCAAGGACCAAGAUUUAGUGAUGGGAGGACAAUCCUCGAUGGYGACCUGGAUGUGGGGUGAACUUCUGAGCUGUGGAUUUAAAAUCUUUUAAGGAAAACCCCUCGACAGUGCCAGCGGUGGGAAAUGCUUAAACCCCACCUGGAGGGGGCGAAAGAGUCUGUCAAUCAAACAGAGCCCAAAUUUCAGCCUGAGUUUGUGUUUUCGCUCCCGCCAAGUGCUUGUGUUGAACCUYGGGGGAUCUUGCUGUUUGUGUACAUGUAUUUAUUUACCUGCUUUUCUAAAUGUAUUUGUGAAUGUACAACAUAAAUUUUUCUAGUUUCUGCUACCAGCCAAGAAUCUGGUUUGGAGAAAACCCUAAAACUCAAAUAAAUUGGUGCCUAA